AUGGCUCUGGACCGGCGAAUGCUUCGCGUCGCCAUUAACCUAUCGAUAGUCAUGCUAUUACAACAAGCACUGUAUACGGAUAGCAAUGCAUUGCCCUACAAGGAGAAGGAGAGUUCCGCACACACAUGUGAUUUUGAUGUUCCUCCAAAGACCGCUGAUUGUACGCUCCUUGGUUUAACCACCGUCCCACAAGAUCUCCCGGACGGAGUUAAAAUCCUUCUGCUCGCUCAUAACAAUGAGUUAUUUCGAUCUCUCUCAAGUCUGCAGAAUUUGACCAUUCGAAUGGCUAGUAUCUCAAGUAUCCAUUCUAACGCAUUCACAGGAUUAAAAUCUCUCAAAUUUCUAGACUUAAGUGGAAACUAUCUUACGAAAAUCCAUCCUGAUUCACUGAAGGGCUUAUGGACAUUAGAGACCGUGGAUCUAUUUGAAAAUAGUUUGGUAUACCUUGACAGUGGUGUGUUUUCCAAUAACCAAAAUUUAUCUCGCCUCAUCCUGUCGCAAAAUCGAUUAAUAUUUUUUAAUCAAAGUACCUUUGACCCUGUUAUAUCAUCGCUUUUGUAUGUAGACAUAUCGCAGAACCAAAUCGCAUGUGAUUGCGAUUUAAGGUGGCUUGUCCGUUGGGUCAUUAGUACACCUACAGUGAAACUUCUUCAAAAGGAUAAAACGAUUUGUGGUAUAGCAUCGUUAGAGCCACUCAGAGACAAGCCUUUCCUAGACUUCAACCCCACUGAACUGUGUGGUUUCAACGUCUACAUCGUCUGUUUGCCUUCAAUUGCUGUCAUUUCCUUGAUAGCAACCAUUAUAUUAGUUUAUCAUUUUCGAUGGCAGUUACGACGCUGGCUCUUUCUUCUAAAACUGGCCGCAUUUGGUUACAUGGAGGUGCGAGACCCUCGGGACCAUGACGAUUACGAGUACGACUUGAAUGUCAUUUUCCACGAAGAUGACGAAGCAUGGGUCCGGGAACAUCUUCGAGUGGUCAUAGAAGAACGGCUUCCACAGUUCCAGAGGAAGGUAUAUGGUGAUGCCGAUCUUGUCGCAGGAAUGCAUUACUUAGAGGCGAUUGACUAUGCGGUUACCAGGAGUUACAAGACGGUCGUAGUGCUCAGUAGGGCCGCUAUCAAGGAUCGUUGGUUCAUGCUCAAGUUCAGAACGGCUAUUGACCACGUGACGGAUACCCAGACUGAGUUUGUCCUUUUGUUAUUUCUAGAAGACAUCCCUGGAGAAGAACUACCCUUCUUAGUAAGGUUGUGCCUUAGUGAUGGCAGGCCGUACGUACAUUGGCCUGAAGACAUUAGAGGACGGGAAUAUUUCUUCGAUGAAUUGACAGCAAAGUUGACCGUUAAUCUAAAGACAAAUGAUUUGAUUCCCAAUGAAUGA